AAUGAACUCCGUUGCCUGGUCUGAAUCAUCACUUUGAUCAUUGUACCUCUUCUAUAGUUCUCUUAAGUGUUCUUUUACUGCAUCACGGCUGGGGACGCCAUGGAAUAAAACCAUGAAAUUGAGCAUGUUUUCACUAGGUUCCACUUUCUCUUGCUUGCAAAAGUCAAUCCAAGCAAGUAGCGCAAUAUCAUCCUUCAUAUUCCAGCGAAACGUAGCUAUAUUUGGAAUCAAGUUACAAGGACCUAACAGUUGUUUGAAAUUUUGAGAAUACGGACCGAGGAAUAGAUUGAUCCCAGACUUCGAGAAUGAAUACAAGAGACGAGUCAAUGUCAUGAAGCGGCCUAGCCACAGGGUGUAUAUAGCUGGCUUACGCGGUGAUGAACAGAUGAAUCGAAUUGGCCCAGCAGAGAAGCGUUUCGAGACAAACCAUCUACUCAUGAAUAAGUAUGGGCUUUCUUCUUCAAUCUAUAAGCGUCAUUGGUUGAUGUGUUCUCAGGAGUGACUGUGAAGAUAUAUUCGGACCCCUCCUCAUGCGUAUCUCGGCAUUGAUAGAAAAUCAGAUUGAACAAGCCGUGGCAAAAGACCUUGUGGUCAAGGUAUGCGCCGAAAUGACCAGAUGUAUGAAACUUACUGACUGUUCAAAGAAAGUGUUUCUAGUGGGUGGCUUUGCUGGCUCCCCUUCUCUGAGAAGUUACCUCAAGCAAUGGCUUCAGGAGAAAUCGGAGGAGCUUGAUUCCAACAUUGAAUUGGUAGUGGAUAAGCAUAAAUGGUGAUAUAUGUCUCUUCUGAUCUAUCCAAUAGGCUAAAAUCUUUGAAGCGUCACAGCUGUGGCAUCCGGAGCCGUUCUUCGUUCCUUAGAUAAGAAAAAUGGACCAGCGAGAAUUUCAGUCAAGUUAUGGUUUUCUCCGCCAUGAGCCAUGGCAGCCCAAAGCGUACCCUGGACACAAGAGAGCAAAAGCCGAGAAAAGCGAACUGGAUGGCGAGGAAUAUGUGGCCACGAUCGAUUAUUUCAUGAUCAAGGUAAACGACCCAUUUCUCGACGGAAAUGUAAUCUUUUGAUCUCGUCCUAACACUACACUCGAUAGGGUAAACCCGUUCGUCCAGAUCAUCAAUUUCCACGAUUCCCCACCUAUCACCCCUUCGCAAUCCACGCCGAAAAAUUUAUGUGCGAAGAACUUCUUUACGUUUCCGAUACCGCGGCAGAAUCUCACUCCAGCAGGAAGAAUAUUAAAAAUGCCGGUGAGUUACCAUAUACCCGUACCUACAUAUAAGUCUUACAUAUCUUCCCUUUUGAAUCACAUCAAUCCCAUGCCAUCCCAUACCAUCCCAUACCAAACUAACCACUCUUCAAAAAAUCACCAGACGCGCAAAUCGCCGGCCGAAUCAUAGUAGACAUGACAUUUCUCCGCGAUAAAAAUAAGAUCCAGCCUGUGUUUCCGGAAGAAGGUAGCAAUGGGACGAAACAUUAUAGAGUGGAUUAUGAAUUGGUGGCGAUUGUGGAGGGGAGGGCUCUAAGAUAUGAAGCGAGGUCUCCAGCAGCGGAGGGUGGGAGGGUUUGGGGGAAGGGUCGGUUUAGUAUUGCGGCGGCUUUUAAAGAGGGGACUGCUUAGCUUUGGUUGGUUUAGGCUGAUUGGGGAUUUGUGGUUUGGAGUGUUUUUUUUAGGGGUUAUGUGGCUUUGAGGAAGGAUAUCGCUCUUUUCUUAUUAACAUGCGAAUACGAAAUUGCAAGUCGAAGUCAAGUAAGUAACGGACAAAAAAUGAAUAUCUUACUCGCAUAUAUCAACUUUCAAAUGCAUGGUGGCUAGUUAAUAAAUCAUCCCCACCCCAUCACAGGGCGGCAGGAAGUGUUU